UAUUUAGGCUACAUUGACAUUUGAAAAACUUUGUUGACACAUAAACAGAACACGAUAAGAGUACACGACACACGAUGGUCUUACACACGUCGAUGGGCUAACUAUGAAAACAUUUUUAAAAAUCUUUAUCAUCUCUUUAAUCUUUGUAAAGUUUAAGUUUUUUAACAUCUGUAGAAGAUCUAGAUCUAGAUCUAGAAUUAAUUAAAAUGCCGAAAAGUAAAGGAGGAAAAAAAGUGACAAUGUCGAAAGAAUCAGCUGCUUCAUCCUACAACGCGGCCAACACUAGAUCUAGAUCUACGUUCAAUACACUUUUUUCAUCUGAUCCUGAUCAAUGUUUUGAGGAAGAAAGUGUUUAUUCUUUAUUAGAAUUAUUUCCUACACUAGAUAAAGACAUCAUCUACGAUGUUUUUAUUGAAUGUAAUAGAAAUGUGAGUGAAGCGACAGAAAAACUCUUAGAAAUUGUUGAGGAAGAAAGCCGCCAACACUUAUCAGAGCAAACAGAUCUUGCUAUGAUCGCUUGCAGCUUGCUGUCUGAGGAAACCACGUCAUCUAAAAAAUUAACCUUUAUUAGUGGUGCUGAUGAAUGGGAAAACAACCUGAGUCAAUCUGGCAACAUUGAAUCUUUUGUAGACACUCGCUCGGAAAUCACUUCAGGGUCUCAGGCCGGCACUGAGCAAAAUUUUAAUAUUGGUGUGGAUUCUUUUGUUGGAGUAGAACAUUCAAAGGAGGAUAAGCAGACAUACAAGGAUAAAAUGGUGGAUACCCAAAAGAUAAAUAAUUUAUCAUUUGAUGGCAUGAGGGGUAAGUUCAGCAGUAUAAAACCAUUGCAGUCUGAACAAGGGAUGUAUGGUCCAGCUCUUGAUGGUUCUAGAAAGGUUCCAGGUUUUAUGGAAAAUUUCAAAGAGAAUAUUUCAGAUGAAAACUCUGGAAUUUAUGGACCACAAAAUUUUAGCAGCAAUGUAGGUAAAAGUGAAGAUACAAUGUUUUACCAGGAGCAAUCUUUGACCAGUGAUGGUCAGCCUCUGGUCCCAGAGUCGAUGCCGUGCGGCUGGGAUAAGUUCUAUCAGAAUUGCCUGUUGGAACCUGAUGAUGUGGACCUUGAGGGGAGCAGCUUUAAAAGGAUUGACAUCAGUAAGUUAGUCACCGACACUAUGGCUAAACACGCACAGUCACCGAGUCACCUGAGUACCAGUAAGGUGGAUCCUGUGCAAGCUGCUGGAGGGAAGAAGAAAAAGAAAAAAACUAAAACUUUACCAUCGAAUCAUGUUAAUAAUAGUGUUUUUAAUGUUUUAUCGCCCUUAGGAAAUAAUCUUUCAGAAAAUUUGGAAAUAGGUGCUGAUAAAAGUACAUUACAGCAAAGUAAGACAGGCACUAAUUAUUUUCCGGUUAAUACUGGUACUUAUAAUCAUCAUGUAAUGGGUAAUUUACCCAAUGCUGAUAUAAGAAAGAGUGGCAUUACUUUAGAGUCAGAAGUUGAAUAUGGAACAUCCAAUAAUCUUAUGUCACCCAAAAAAUUACAUGGCUCUAACUCAAAAAUAUCAGCUACUGCUCCAGUUUUUCAGCCUAAACAAGUGGAUGUUAAUCGCAGGAGAAAUGUAAUAGAGAAAAGCUCUUACAGUGACAGAACACAGCAGGGAAGUAACUUUGAUCAACCCAGACCUCUAAUUGAUCCAGUGGAUCCCUUGGGCUGGAAGGAGAUAUUUCCUGACACACGCCAGCCUAUGGCUGCCCCUAAGCCACAAAAACUGACAGGUGGGAGAAGAAAUAAUUCAACCCUAACAACUAGAAAACCACCAUGGGUUAUAGGUGCUGUCACUGUUGAUAAAUCAACAGUAGUCUCCCCUGGGGGGCACACAACAAGGCAGCCCCAGAACCAUGCAGCUAAAGCACCUUUUCCUCAGGAGUCGCAGCAGCCUUUUUGGUCACAGCCUAAUGCCACAUUACCCUUGCAAAAAACAUUCAGAGACUUUAUCCAGACCCACCACUGGGAGUUGGAAAGUGAGUCAGAUCACAGUGCACACUUGCCAGAUUGGAUGCCCCAUCCUUUACAGAGCAGUAGACCAUUGGUGGCCAACAAAGCUCCUUCUUUUAAGCCCCCGCCUGGUUUUUCAAACUUAAACCACCAAGAUAAAGUUGUGGGCCAUUCAGUACAACCAAAACUUCCAUCAGACACCAAGCCAUCUGCUGGCAGCAAGCACUCAAGUACCCCAGCUGCGGGUACCCCAGCCUCACUGGAACAGAAUGUGAUGAGGAAUAAGUUGUCUUUCCAUGGUCUCAAGUCACCAGAAGACAUUCUUCGCAGGUACAUCCUGGAAAAAUAUCCUGUCAUUGUCAUUCUCAGAGGUUUGCCUGGAAGUGGAAAAACUUAUCUGGCCAGGCAGCUAAUUGACCUCGCUAAUGAAAUGGGUGUUGAGGGAAUUAUUUUAUCAACUGAUGAUUACUUCAUGCAGAGAGGACAGUAUGUUUACAAUCGCAAUGAUUUGGGUACAGCUCAUGAAUGGAACCAGAAGCGAGCUCUGAGCUAUGUGAAAGAGAGUAGAUCACCUAUUGUGAUAGACAACACCAACACAGUCAUGUGGGAACUCUUGCCAUAUGCUCAAGUUGCCUACAAGUACAAGUAUGAUGUGCAGGUAUUUGAACCUAAUACACCAUGGAAGUCAAAAGUUAGAGACCUGGCUAGAAGAAAUAGCCACGGAGUUCCCAUGGAUUCACUGAAGAAGAUGAAGGAGAGGUACGAGAAGAUAACAACUGAUGAUGUUCUGGAUGCUGUCACUGCGGCUCGCAGAAAUGGAUCUUUAAGGCAUAAUUUGGAGAAUCAGCCUGAAGUAACACAAGUUGAGAAAGUUGCAGAGAGAACCAGUCAGCCAGCACCAUUGGUUCCACCAAGUGCUGUCACCAAAACAUACUCCACCCAACUGUCAUCACACAGCUCCUCCUCCAGCAGUUUCUCUGAUACAAACACCUCCAAAAUGUCAUCACAAAGCUCAGCUUGUGAUUGGUGGGAGCCACAAGGUCAGAGAACUCCUAAACAGAAAAUACAGUUGAGCUCUUCACAAAAGGAAAACAAAAAUACUGCAAACAGUGCAAUAUCUCAGGAGUUUCUCAAGGAUUCCUUAAAGCAGGUUUAUGUGAGCCUUCUCUCAGAGAACAUCAAUAAGGCAUGCACUGGUUCAUUAGAACCAUGGUCCACUAUAGAACCAACCAGCCAGAUACAACUGGAACAAACAGGCCAGAUUCAAAUGGAACCAACUUGCCAAUUAGAACCUGAAUCAACUGGUGAUUUGAAAUCACAUUUGAGCAACAAACCAGCUGGUCAACUAGGACAACAGUCCAGUUUGAAACCAAAUACUGACUUAAAACCACAUUCCAUUGAAGAUGAUUUUAGCUGUUCUGAUAGUGAAAGUAGUUCAGAAGAACCUGAAAAGGAAUCCAAGCUAAACAGCUCAUGCAGCACUUCAUGCUCUUUCCAAAGCUGCUGCAGCAACAAGGAGGAGAUGGUGGUCAAGUAUGGUAGCGCUGAUGAUGGCGAGGGGGCAGCUGUGUUGUCAGUCAGUGAGAACAGGCAAAACUUACCUGAGGAGGCAGGUGAUGACUUGGCGUCUGUUGAAACACCUGUCACUGCAGUGGAGGUGAAGGAGUUUACAUUUACUGUAAAACCUGAGCUUAAGGAAGUAAAACCUGAGCUUAAGGAAGUAAAACAUGAAUUUCAGGAAGCAAAACAUCAGAUAAAGGAAGAACCUGAGCUCAUGGAAGAAAAUUCUGAGCUUAAGGUAAGAAAACCCGAGCUUAAGAAAGAUAAAUCUGAACUUAAAGAAGAAAAACCUGAGGUUAAGGGAGCAAAACAUGAGAUUAAGGAAGAAAAACCCGAGGUUGUGGAGGAAUCAGGUUUGUCUGAGGUAGAAACCAGUAAAUCAGAAAACUUUUCAUCAGAAAAAGUUGCCAGCGAGGAUGUUGUAAACAAAGUUGACCCUUCAACUCCUGCUGUAGAGGGGCCUGACAAUGUUGACCAGUGUGAUAUUGGUGCUGAAGGAGUCGCAGGUGGAGCUAAGGGAGUAGCUAGUGAAAGUCUUGUGGAGCUUGAGAGAAAAGUGUCAGCAUUGCAUUUGGUGGAUUACAGUGAUUCUGAAAGUGGAGAGGACUCCAUCACUCUUGAGAUCAAGGGCAACCUCCCACACGAGGCGCAGGAUGCAGAGGUGAACAGUGAAUGCUCCAGUGUUAGCUUGACACCCAGUUCAGACUUGAAAGAUUGUGAACCUGCUCAGAGUCCCUUGCCAUCGAGCAGGGAACAAAGUCCCCCUUCCGAUGAGAAGGACAGCUUACCUGUCAAGCGGAAGAAGAAGAGGGUCAAGAAGGGAAAGGUAACAGGUCCUUUUAUUGGGGAGUCUGUGAAGGCCAAGUCUAAAACAGAAAGUUGGAGUAACUUUUUAACUCCACCAGCUAAAGAUUCAGUUGUCCCAAAAGAUGAGAGUGGUCCUGCAGUGGUGUCUGAGAGGAAGUGUGCUGAGACCCAGUGUGAGAUGUACUACUUCAGCAUGCUGCACAAGCUCAACUCUCAAGCCUUCAACAAACUCCAGCCUUUAGAUCUGGCUUCCAGUGAGGUCAGGGUCGUGACCUUGCCCUCUAGUUCACGCUGGGGUCAUGUAUCUGAUGCUGGGCCAGACACCAGGGCUCUCCCCCACACCCCUGACACCAUAGACAGAAGCACCAACACAGAUGAGACUUUGGAAAAGGAAGAAAUAGAUUUGGAAACACUCCAGAGCUGUUUCCCAGAAUAUUCCAGGAGGCAGUUGGAAGAUAUUAUGGCCAUAUGCCAGAACAAUUUAGAAUGGGUGACCAGUCACCUGCUAGACUCACCUGCCCUGACCGACCUGGUGGAGGAAGAGACUUGUAGUGGUGACAAGCAUGGGACCGUGGCCAGUCCGCUGAAGUCCCUGAGCCACAUGUGUAGCUCCAUCAUCAGCCAGACCAACGUCAUAGACAAGGACGACCUGGAGAUGCAGGUCAUCCAGGCCGGACACGACCGGCUGCAGAGGAUUGAAAACUUUGCCAGGUCACGGAUACACAGCUGGGACCUAGCCAAGCAGCACGAAGCCUGGCCAGAUCAGUUUAACCUGGAGGAUUUCACUGGCCUGGUGGAUCCUGAUGAGUGCUGGGACUACGGCCCAUACCAGGUUGACCCGCAUGUUAACACGGCUCCAAACCAUAAUGCUUUGCCAGCAAGACCAGUCAACUACUAUGAGUAUAAUUAUUCCCCUUCCUAUACAAAGUCGACUCCACAUUUUACUAAGACUGAUGUUACCAAGAGUAUCUCCAAGAAUGAUAUUCCUAAGAGUAUCUCCAAGAAUGAUAUUGAAACAGAGGUGGAGACACUAGCAACUGAUUUACCUUAUCCAAACAAGGAAAUAAGGCUUGUAGAGAAAAGUAACAAACUGUACGUCCCAUUAGAUUUCCUUGAAAACCUUGAAGCUAUGUAUGGUUCUCUGAAUGUUGACUUUGAAGAGGAAGGUUUGGCCUUAGAUGAUGCUAUUGCUAGAAAGAUUUAUAACUGCUUGAAACUACAGUGUACCAAAAAGUUAAAGUCUACCUCUAAUGAACAGCAAUUACAGAAUGAUGAAGCCCUAGCCAGAGCUUUGCAAGAAGAAGAAAAGCUGCAAGAGGUCCAGCACUCUUCAUCUCAAGGAGGUAAAAAGAGCGUGCCUGGCUGGACCAAUCAGAAACCUGCCUGGAUGUGUCAGGGUGCUGGGGCUGGACACAGUGACACAUCCUCCAGUGUGUUCGCCAACAAGCACCAGAAGAUCAGACCUCUCUCUGUGGCUGAUACCUUGAAUGCCUUGAGAGGAAGUCCUGGGAAAAAACUCAAACCUUUUAAGUUCCAGAAAAGAAUGCAUGGAUCUGCAACUAAAUCUGUUUGGUCAAGUGUCAAAAGACAAGGAAGAGCUGAUUCCCUUCAUUCAAUAAUGGAGGAAGAAAAAGCCAGAGAAGAGUUCCAGAAGGAGCAGCUGCGCAUCAUCCAGCAAACUGGCGACACACAUGCCCUUGCUACCAGGAUUAAGAGGUCAGAGUUAUCCCAGCUUUACCCUAGCUUGAGUCCUGAUUUCUUGGAGGAGGUGUUCAUGAACGCUGGCUACUCUAAGGAAGACACGAUGAAAGUUUUAGAAAACAGUUACGGAAUAACAGCAGCCCCCUUACCAAGGGAGGUAAAUCAAGAACAGCCCUGGAUAUACAAUGAAGAAAAUGUUAACAGGUAUGACCUUGAUGUGGAGGAGGGAUACGAGUCCUACUACUCAGAUGACUCUACCCUGAACUUUGAAGAGUACCGUAACGAGGCACAGUUUUACCGAGGCCUGGCCAAAGAGUGCCAGAAUCAGGCUCAGAAAUAUCAGGCUGACAACAUGCCUGGGGCUGCAUUGUUUUACAGACAAAAGGUGAAAGAAUAUAAAGAGCUGGAGAGGAGUGCAAACCAAAAAGCUGCCGAUGUGCUAUUUGAUAAAGGGACUGAACGACUGGCAAAAGAAAAUACUUUGGAUCUUCACUUUUACCAUCUAGAUGAAGCUGUGAGCGCCGUCAACUUGGCCAUCAUGUUAAAGGAGGAUGAGUUUAAGAAAAAACAAGACAAGAAGAACUCCUUUUUAAACAUUGUGACUGGUAGAGGCAGAAACAGCAAGGACGGGGUGCCUGUGCUAAAACCAGCUAUCAUGAAUCACCUUAGAGAUAGGGGCUUUAGGUUUGAAGAAAAGUCACCAGGCAUGUUGAAGGUUUACAUUGGUCAGAGAGUUUGAACAACAGAGGACUUUUCAACUUUGGUCAGGCAAUACAAUUUUAAGCAAAAUAGAUUUUUACUUUACAUUUUUUUUGUCAACUCAUGUAUGAGCUGGUAACAGGAGAAUGGAAUAGGCCAGUAGCAACUUAUAAUCAAAGAUUUCUUUGCUGUACUUAUACAAAUAUAUAAAUACUGUAAAUAUCGUCAUGCUUAGAUAUUCUUAAAAUGUCAUUAGUUAUAGUUCAUUAUUUGUAUAAAUUUUAUCAUCAACUCAAAUGUCAUUAUAAAUUUUUUUACUUCUAUUCAUUUGUAAAAAAAUAUAUUCAAACUAUUCAGCAUUAAACGCACAAUGAAAUUUUGUUUUAUUCUGAUCUUUUAAUUUAAUCUAGUCUACAUUUUACAGAUUUUUAUAAAAUAAUUUUUUUUUACAAAUAUGACAGUUAUACAGGUUAUUUUCUUAUUAGUAUAGAAAUUUUAACUAAAAUUUAAAAAAAUACAAUAAAAAGUCAGCAAAACCUGUUCAUAAAAUAGUGAUUGCAGCACUCUAUUCUUCAUUAAGAUCAGUUUUAUAGUAUAUUUUUUUAUACUUGCAAAAGUUAAGUGAGCAUUUGCCAGGUAGCAAUAUUUAAAAAGUUUAAAUAUUGUCACUUUACUUGAAAUUUUUUUAAAAAUCAGCCUUUAUAUUUGUACAUUUGACUUUUAUUAAGAUAUUCUUGUAAUAAAUCCAAAAUGCUUUCAUGGUUUUAUGUCUUUUCAAUAAUUCAGUUUGAACAGGAAUCUUUUUUGACUAUUUUUUUAUGACUAUUUUACUUUGUAUCUUUCAAAGUUGAUUUGCUUUUUUUUUUUAUUUAGUAAAUUGAAUUUGUAAGUUUAUCUUUUUAAACAGCAAGCAAAUUAUUUUUAUUAAAAGCUGUUAACGUUAAUUCAAUACUUAGAAACAUUAACACGAAAAGAUAUUAGAAUUUACAAAUAUAAAAGUUUUGAUAUAAAAAACCAAGACAGUAAUAUUGAAAAUAAUUGACAGAUAAGAAAAUUAAUUCAUUAUGUCAAUACAUCAUUCUGCGUAAAAUUUUAGUGAAAACUAGUGCCCUUAAUGUUGCUUUGUUAUGAUACGCUGUGAUAUCAUGAGCCUAAAUGCAUUAUGUCAUUUGCAUGUUAAUUCUUGUGCUUGUUUAGUAUGUUAUGUAACUAUAAUUUGUUUUGAUAAUUUCAUCAUAGUGUUGGUGAAAAUAGUUUUUUUCUCCAUCUUCUUUCCAUUUUAUUCAAAAUUUCUUGUAUUGUCAAUUGUCUGGUAGCUAUAGGCUUGGUGUAUAAAAACUACAGAAAUGAUUUACAGCAAUUAAUUGGUGGAGGUGGUAGUUUUGGUGGGUUUUUUUUGUAUGAGAAAGUGGAUAUUAACUACAUAUAUCAGUAACAUACAACCUUAUUUGCCAACCACAAAUAAGUCAAUGUUAAAUCAGAUGCUCAAUGUACAGUAUGUUAUUAAACAUGUGUUCUAUUUUAUGGCUAGCAAAAUUUUGUUGCGUUAUUUUUUAAAAUGCUAUCAAUGAAUUUUUUAAAGAUAUAAAUAUAAGCAGGUUGAAAUGUAGAUCCUACCUAAAAACAACCUGUUGUUGAAAUUUUGGGGAUGAGAUUUGAAUUCACAUCUUUUUAAAAAUUGAUUUAUUUUUGUAAUGAGAACAGUGUAAAUAUUCUUUCAACCAUUUUUUUUUCAAUGCAUUUUGCAAAUCAUGAAUUGAGAAUGACUUCAAAUCUACAGCUCCAAGCUAAUGAACUUUGUGUAUUCUAUGAUCAGCUAUUGAAUGUGUUAAGUAAAAUAUUUUGUAGCUAAUUUUCGCUCAUAUUUAUAUUACUCAUUUGACAGUAAUUAUUUAAACUUUAUUUUAAUAAAAGAACUUUUAUUUUUAUCUAACAUUCAUAUGGCAGCUGUUUUCUGGCAGCUUUAUUCUAAGAUAUUAUUUUAUAGCUGUUUUUGUAGAAAUCAGUCUAUUAAAAGGUGGCACUGGUAGCUUGUAAUCUAUUUUUGAAAGGUCAUGUACACAUUUUGUUUUAAUGUAUGUAGAACAUUUUAUUAGUGCUUGGCCUUCAACGAAAUUGUAUUUUGCUUGUUGUGUGGUCUAUUAUGGUUUUCCAAACCCUUUUUAUGACUGGGGUUUGCCCAGCCCUUGUCUAUGUAGUUUUUUUUUUUGGUACUAAGGUAUUUGUCUUUCUGUAGGAUAACACAGCUUACCUCCCCAUUACCACUAUUUGGCUCUGAGAUUUUUAGGGCUAAAUCGUUUUGAUGAAAUUAAAUGUUUGAAUUAAUUUGGUUGUAAUUUUAAAUAUGACAUGAUUUUUUUUGCCAUUGGAUAUAGCUUUGGUCUAUAAAGUCCAUAAAACAUUUAAUUUUGUUUGAUUUUCUGAAGACAUUCGCAUACAUAUACAAAUAAAGAGGAAUUUAGUGUUUAUCAAAACCC